AUGUCAAAGGCUUUGUGCUGUUAUGCUUUUGAAACCUUGGUCAAUAAACUAAAAAUAGAUACUAAUAAAGUGCUGCUUACAGCAUACUUUGACGAUUUAAAGCAAGACCCGUCUACUUUGCCAUCUUCAGCUCCAUUAUUUAUUACUUGGAAUAAGCAUUCGAGUCUAAGAGGAUGCAUUGGAACGUUUCAAUCGCUUCCUAUUGAGUCAGGGGUCUCUAAAUUUUCCCUUAGUGCCGCAUUACAGGACCCCAGAUUUCCUCCUAUAACUCUGAAAGAGGUGAAAGAUUUGGAAGUGAGUGUCACAUUAUUGGAUAAGUUUGUUUCUAUUGAUAAUGCAGAAGAUUGGACAAUUGGCCUAAAUGGGUUGAAAAUAUCAUUGGAUAUCGAGCAUCAACACUUUCUGGGAACUUUCUUGCCUUCAGUGGCCGAGGACGAAGAGUGGGAUAAAUUGACUACGUUAUACUACCUUCUUAAAAAAGCCGAUUACCCCGUAGCAAAGAGCAAAGUGACAGAUUUCUACUCAAAAGGUUUGAAAGAAGGAUGGUUGAAGUUGACUAGAUACGAUGGGUUAAAAGCACAUUUAGAUUAUGAUGAGUUUGUGCAAAUCAGAAAUGAGAUAGUCGAGUCAUGA